AGUUACAAGAUGGCUGCCAAAUGAUGCUUUAGGAAACUGUGACAUUCGUAUUCUCGGAAAUGACGGAUAAAAUGGACGACGUUGACUUUUCAGCUGUUUCACUUGAACAAAUGAACAUUGGAAUAGAAAAAUAUCUAGAGAAGAAAACUGGAGUUUGUAAAGUCACACUUGACGAAAGGAACCCAGCGGAUCGCCAUGCAGUGUUGUCGUGGGAACAGAGAAAUUGCUGUCUUUUACCUGAGGAUUUAAAAAGUUUCUACUUGACGUCAAAUGGUUUUCACUUCACAUGGUCUGUGAAACUAGACAACCAGACUGUCCCAGUGGGCAAGAUGCACAUCAACCGUGUGGAACAGCUCCUCCGUCUUGACGUUAGUAGUGACAAACUGACACACAUUCAGCCCUCCCUAGCUGACCUGGACACAGACUCCGACAACGACGAUCCCAUCUCAGGCAUUGAGAAACCCACCUUCACUGGACGUAAUCGGAUCUAUGAACUCGACUUCUGUGAUGGCUACAGCAAGGUGUGUCUUGUGUACAAGGAAGCUAAAGCAGCCCUACUAGGUUCUGAUGACUCGAGCCCGGAUGAAUUUGAAUUUUCCAUCCCUGAUUUUGCAAGAGUGAGCGAGCCCACUGUGGAGAUCUGGUUCCUGGACCGGGCACUGCGGUGGCACUUCCUGGCAGCAUCAUUCCUCGAGUACUACCGCCUCAUGCUGAUGCACCUGGGGCUGCCGCAGUGGCAGUAUGCCUUCACAGACAUCGGCCUCAGUGCACAGGCGCGGCAAUGGUUCAACAUGUACGCUCCCAUCAGGCUGGAGGUGGACGGGGAAAUAACAGAGAUGCAUCCAGAGAAGACGCCCACAGGCACAAGUGUCGUGGUCAGUACGCUGGACGUCACCAAAGUAUUCAAGUCCAGGGCGGACAGGAAAAAACAAGCUGGAGGGGCUCAGAAUGUAGGUCAGGCCCAGCAGGGCGGCAAGAAAAAACCACCAGUGUCAUCAGCAAGAUCUCAAGGAUCACUAAUCAACAGGCCGUCACAAGCGUCGUCUCUUGCAGGAUCAGGGAAAGGCCCUAAGUGAUGGUGCAUCAAGCAUCAAAACCAUAGACACAUAUCUCCAUUGUCGCCAUUGGUGGAACAAUCCACAAGGCAUUUAUAGAUUUGCAGCUGUAUCACAUUCCAAACUGCACAAGAUGACUGAGCUGUGUCUUAAAAAUGUUGCAGAUUCACUUCACUGGGCAAAAUGGAAUUGCUCUGCAAAAGGAUACAAUUUGCCAAGCGUCUUUGAAAAUGACAUUAUGCAUGUUAACUUAUAAUAAAAUAUUUACACUGAACAA